ACAGGGAAUGCUGUGCCAGGGAUCGAUGUGACCCUGGGAACAGGGAAUGCUGUGCCAGGGAUUGGAUGUCCCGGGAGCAGGGAAUGCUGUGUCAGGGAUCGGAUGUCCCGGGAACAGGGAAUGCUGUGUCAGGGAUUGGAUGUCCCGGGAGCAGGGAAUGCUGUGUCAGGGAUCGGAUGUCCCGGGAACAGGGAAUGCUGUGUCAGGGAUCGGAUGUCCCGGGAGCAGGGAAUGCUGUGUCAGGGAUCGGAUGUCCCAGGAACAGGGAAUGCUGUGUCAGGGAUCGGAUGUCCAGGAACAGGGAAUGCUGUGUCAGGGAUCGGAUGUCCCGGGAGCAGGGAAUGCUGUGUCAGGGAUCGGAUGUCCCAGGAACAGGGAAUGCUGUGACAGGGAUCGGAUGUCCCGGGAGCAGGGAAUGCUGUGUCAGGGAUCGGAUGUCCCAGGAACAGGGAAUGCUGUGUCAGGGAUCGGAUGUCCCAGGAACAGGGAAUGCUGUGUCAGGGAUUGGAUGUCCAGGAACAGGGAAUGCUGUGCCAGGGAUCGGUGUGGCCCUGGGAACAGGGAUUGUUAUCCUGGGGAUGGCUGUAUUCCAGGAACAGGGGAUGCCCUGUGGGAAUUGGGGUGCUCUGGGAAUCUGGGAAUGCUGUGCUUGAGAUCGCUGUGUCCUGGGAAUCUGGGAAUGCCAUGCUGGGGAUUGGGGUGUCCUGGGAAUCUGGGAAUGCUGUGCCAGGGAUUGGGGUAUCCCUGUGCUCUGGGAAUGCUGUGUGGGAUUGGGGUGUCCCAGGACUCUAGGAAGGCCAGGACUGGGAAUUGUGUGCCCUCUGGGAAUGCUGGGGAUUGUGCGUCCUGGAACUCUGGGAAUGCCAUGCUGGGGAUUGGGGUGUCCUGGGGCUCUGGGAAUGCUGUGGGGGAACUGGGAUAUCCUGGGGCUCCAGGAUUGCCAUGUUGGGAUCGGGGUGUCCUGGGGCUCUGGGAAUGCCGUGCCGGGGAUCGGGGUGUUCUGGGAAUCUGGGAAUGCCGUGCUGGGGAUUGGGGUGUUCUGGGACUCUGGGAAGGGCAGGAUUGGGAAUGCUUGGGAAUUGUGUGUUCUCUGGGAAUGCUGUGUGGGAGCUGGGGUGUUCUGGGAAUCUGGGAAUGCUGUGCUGGGGAUCGGGGUGUUGUGGAAAUCUGGGAAUGCUGUGCUGGGGAUUGGGGUGUUCUGGGACUCUGGGAAGGGCAGGAUUGGGAAUGCUGGGGAUUGUGUGUUCUCUGGGAAUGCUGGGGAUUGUGUGUCCUGGAACUGUGGGAGUGCCAUGUGGGGGUUGGGCUGUCCUGGACUCUGGGAAUGCUGUGCUGGGUUUGGGGUGUCCCGGGGACUCUGGGAAUGCCGUGCUGGGGAUCGGGGUGUUCUGGGAAUCUGGGAAUGCCUUGCUGAGGAUCGGGGUGUUCUGGGAAUCUGGGAAUGCCGUGCUGGGGAUUGGGGUGUUCUGGGAAUCUGGGAAUGCCGUGCUGGGGAUCACUGCAUCCUGGAAAUCUGGGACUGUCAUGCUGAGGAUUGGGGUGUCGCAGUGCUCUGGGAAUGCUGCACUGCAGAAUUGGGGAGUCCCUGGAAAUCUGGGAAUGCUGUGCUGGGGAUUGGGGAGUCCCUGGAAAUCUGGGAAUGCUGUGCUGGGGAUCGGGGUGUCGCAGUGCUCUGGGAAUGCUGCGCUGCAGAAUUGGGGCGUCCCUGGAAUCUGGGAACGCCGUGCUGGGUAUCGCGCCGUGCCGGGACUCGGCCGCUGCCGGGACUGUGCCGUGCUGACGGCGGCA